GACGCUCAUUCCUGCAGUCACGCCGCAACUGCGACUCACUCAACUCCAUCACAUCCUCCGACCCGCUCUCCUGCUCUUGUUUUAAAGGAGCACUGCGGUUUUUUUAUUCUCGCAUCCAGCAGAAUAUAGCUGCCGUCGAGAUCAAGCUCGAAGCUGCCGCGCAACUUUAGUCCCUCAGGUUUUUUCCUGUUGUUGUUGUUGUUGUUGUUGUGUUUGUUGUUGUUGCUGUUGCUGCGGUUGGAUCUCCGUCCAUUCAAUGGGUCCGUGUGUGGCGCUGCUGCUCUGCUCUCUGUUCGGAGUUCUCCUCGGCCAAGGAGCAGAACAGAUCUCGAUGGAGGACUGCUGUAAAGAUGGCCAGAAGCGUGCCAGCGAUAACGAAGACUGCUCGUCCAUCCCUCUCAUCUCUGCGUCAACCACAUGCAUGAUAGUGCAGGAGCAGUGCUGCGUAAAAGUGCUCGAGGAUAACAUGUGCGCUGUCGGUAUCAACGUGGCCAAAGACCAAGGCGCCUGCGAUUCUUUACUCACCAGCACCUGUGAGACCAAGACUACCAAGUUUUGCUGUAACUGUUGUCUUCUGGGGAAGGAAGCUCAGGCAAACGGUCUACCCUGUGACCAUGACCUGUCUGUAGGCUCUCAGUGUAGCAAGGUGUCACGGGUGUGCUGCCAGGAGGGAGCCGCAGACAACCAGACCACACCCGCAGGACAACAACCUGAAUUACCAAACAAGGAUGAAACCAAGGAAAAUGGAGAAGGUCUAUUAUUAAGUGAUGAGUGCAAAGGGAAAUGUGCUCAUAGCUGUGUGGGCAAUGACACUUGUGCCUGUUUCAAAGGCUACAAACUCAAACCAGAUGGAAGCAGCUGUGAAGAUAUCAACGAAUGUUUGCUGGGAGCCGCAAAUUGCCGGGGAGGAGAGCGCUGCAUCAACACAGAGGGCUCGUUCCGUUGCCAGAGAGAGGUCAGCUGUGGGACUGGUUAUGAGCUCACUGACAGCAACAAUUGCAAAGAUAUUGAUGAGUGUGAGACUGGAAUCCAUAACUGUGGCCCGGAGUUUCAGUGCCAAAACACCCAGGGGUCGUUCCGUUGUCUCCCUAAAUUCAAGUGCGGUCCCGGCUUUAUACAGGACGCCCUGGGGAACUGCAUUGAUAUUAAUGAAUGUGUUUCUCAGACGGAGCCAUGCCACAGAGGACAGGUCUGUAUCAACACAGUCGGCUCCUACAUCUGCCAGAGGAACUCUGUCAACUGUGGCCGAGGAUACCACCUCAAUGAUGAUGGCACACGCUGUGUUGAUAUUGAUGAGUGUAAGGUCGCUGAAAUGGUCUGCGAAGGUCAUGGUUGUGUCAACCUGCUGGGCUCCUACCGCUGUGAGUGUGAGCCCGGCUACAUCUUCAACAGCAUCAGCCGGGUCUGUGAGGAUAUUAAUGAAUGCAGGCACUACCCCGGCCGCCUGUGCGCUCACAAGUGUGAGAACACUCUCGGAUCCUAUAAGUGUAGCUGCACCACUGGCUUCAAGAUAGCUGCUGAUGGCAGGAAUUGUGACGAUUUGAAUGAGUGUGAGAGCAAUCCGUGCAGUCAAGAGUGCGCCAACGUGUACGGCUCAUACCAGUGUUACUGUCGCCGUGGCUACCAGCUCAGUGACAUAGAUGGCAUGACUUGUGAAGACAUAGAUGAGUGUGCCCUGCCCACUGGAGGUCACAUUUGCUCCUAUCGCUGUCACAACACACCUGGCAGCUUCCACUGUUCCUGUCCAAUCAAUGGAUACACCUUGACUUCCAACGGACGAAGCUGCCAGGAUAUUGAUGAAUGUGUGACAGGAACGCACACAUGCACAGAGAAUCAGAGCUGCUUUAAUAUCCAGGGAGGAUUCAGAUGCCUGUCCUUCGACUGCCCGAACAACUACCGGCGUGUUGGAGACACUCGAUGUGAACGCUUGCUUUGCAAUGAGUCUGUCGAGUGUCUGGCCAUGCCCCUGAGAAUAACGUACUACUUGCUCACCUUCCCCAACAACAUCCCCGUCUUCACCAACAUCUUCCGCAUGGGCCCCUCCCACUUCAUGGCCGGCGAUGACAUCCAGCUCGCAAUCACCGAUGGCAAUGAGGCCGGCUUCUUCAAGACGGAGCAGGUGCCCACUGGCGGCAUAAUUUCGGUGGCAAAGCUCAUCAACAGGCCACAGGACUUUGAGCUGUCUUUGGAGCUGAGGUUGCGUCGCCAUGGCACGCUCAGCAUGUACCUGGCUAAAUUGCUUGUGUUUGUUACCCAGGAGGAGCCCAGAGUACCUGACAAUCCCCUGCUGGAAUAAGCACAGGAGUUAACGUUUGGCGUACACAAGUUAAUUACACUCUUAAAAAGGAUGUGUCAUUUUUAAAUGCAUUUAAGGUUCAGACCUACACAAAAAGACCAGUAUUCACGUAUUAUAACCAAAGAUCUUUUUUGUGUUUCUUUAAACAUAACAACAUUGCCAAACGAAAACUUCUAUAUAGAUGAGAGGAUAUGAUUUUACUCUGUAGAUUAAGUCCACCGCAAGCAGCUGGCUAAUAUAGCUUACUAUAAAGACUGGGAUCAGAGUGAAGCAGCAAGUCUGGCUCUUCUCAAACGUAACCAAGUCUGCGACUACAAGCACCUCUAAAGCUCUCUGAUUAACAUGUUGUAUGUAACCAAAGUGUAAAAACAGCAAGUCGUGGUUUUCCGGAGGUUUUUGUGUUAGACCAUUUCUUGGCCGGGUAUCGUAACUUCCCGGAGACUCCGCAGAUUUCCUGGUAACCUUGCAGCGACGCUAGGAGAUUUCUAAUGAGAGUGGCAAUGGAUCCUCUCAUUUUCAAGAAGGCGAGUGUUUCUAUCUGGUAGAAUGUAAAAUUAUUCACAUUUUCAAUUUACUGAAUCACAACAAACAACAGACACACUCAGUCCUGGGCCUCCAGGGUCACUGGUGGUCCACCUGCCCUCUUUUUUUCCAAUCAGCUAUCCAGCCUCGUCUCCACCGCGUCAAUUUUUGUUGUCAUACAUUAACACAAAUAUGACCGUACGACACUCAAUGUGUGUUGAAGAUGACACAACCUUUUUUUAAUUAAGAGUGGAUCUGACAAAACAAAGCAACACAUAAACACAAAAGAUCAGAGGCAAGAAGCACAGCUUUUUUAGUACUGUAGCAUUUGACAUAAUCACCUUUUUUCACACUAGAGUUAAGGUUCAUCAUUCAGCUGUUUUAAAGUCGGUCUAACUGAAUGUAUCUUCUUGGGGGUUAUGCUUUGUGAUAGCCGCUAGGUGGCGUUCUAGGUCAGCGAAAAUAAUAAAAGGGUAACGACCCAAGUGUGCCUACAACUGAGUGUAAUUUGAUGAUGGUUGCAUGAUAAAGUCUGACGUUUUGCAGUAUUUUAUGGUUUAUGUGUUGGAUGAACAGUUUUCUAUUAAAAUUGAAAUAGAAAUAACACAUGUUCAAGUCAAAUCCAGUUCUUGAUAAUGGUGCAUUGUGGGGUUUUAAUCAAAUGCAGCAUAGGGAGCAGCUGGAAUGUGAGGCCAAAUCACAGAUGGAGGCAUGAAGACUUCCUCGCAUGGCGUCAUAUUACUAUUAUUCCAACAGCUUCAGUGGAGAGGGAAUCUAAUGAUGCAUGCAAAUCCUCAAGAAUGCAUAUAUUUCAAGUCAAAGGUCGAUUUCGAGGUGCCAUUGAUCAGAAACAAAGGUCGACUGACUACAAAAUGUUGACACACAUGCUCUUUUAAUGCAUAUAAAAACACUACAAAAUAACACGUUAUUAAAAAUGUUAUUAAAUAAUGUUAUUUUUUUUUUCUGAUGAUUUUAAACCUUUACGGAAUAAGUAAUAUUUUAGUCUGGCUGAAAGAACACACACAAAUGUCCCAUCUGUGAGUAAAACCCUUCAGUUUUGUCCUAUAUGUGCGUACGCCUCAAAUUUCAUUAUUAAGUCUGUGAAGUAAUUCCACACCUCAAAACUCCAGUCAAAAAUGGGCCGAAUUGGGUCUUUGAUUGCUUUUUUACUUCCAAUCCCCAAUUCACUUACCUUGCACCGCAAAUACAUCUUUCUGUGGCAGUUAGCUUUUUGCACAUCGCUUUAGCUCCCAUUACAUUUUGGGCUUAAUGUAAAAUACACAGAUUUCCACUGCAGACUGCGGGUGUAAACCCCAGAGCAGACAGAUAAUCCAAAUGAAGGCUGAGUAAGUGACAUGCGAUGGGAUGCAGUGGCAAAGGAGAGGGAAAUGUGCACCAGCAGGAGAGAGUAUAAAUAGUUUGAUGUGCUGUGAGGCUGCUGCCCGAGGGCUGUGGCUUAUAAUAACUGUAAAUUCAGAUGUCCUAGGUUCCUCCUGUCCUGAGCUGUCAGGCCAGCAAGGAUGCACUUGGUCCCCAGUGGGGAUAUCCUUAAAAUAAGAACAUAGUGGUGCACAGAAGGUUUUUUCCUCCCCUUUGACAUUGAGUUAUGGGGCUCUGGGCUCUGGCCGGUGGUCUGAACAAUUUGUGGUGCAGCAACAUCACCGCGCACAGAAUGAAUGAUGCCCUGCAGUGUUUGUGUUGGGGCGUUAUCAAUGUGCCGACUAUAAAUAAUAAUUACCAAAAAAAUAAAAGGCCCUACGCUUGACCAGAGGACUUUCAUCCAAAAAGUCUGUUUUUCUUUCUGGUCUGAAAGUAUUGGGGUUUUUCUCCUGGGCCGGGCCACGUGAGGCAUGGGGAGAUGAAGAGGACGUGCAUUUUGCGCAUGCACGCUCACAUACACAAGCAUGUUUGCAUGCACAGAGGCGCACACGCACAAAUGAGCAUACACACACACACACACACACACACACACACACACACACACACACACACACACACAGGCACAUGCACACAAAUCGGUGCAAACAAACCCAUCACCUUAACGGACACAUGGAGCUGUAAUUAGCUCCACUUGCUGCGCCUGCUUUGAAGUGCCCAUCUGUGUGUUAGGGGGCAGUUCACCCCGGUUCAUUAUCUUCUCGUAAAUUUACUCUCUACCCCAACAGAGCUUUCACCUCAUCCUCUAGAGCCCGGCUCGGGUCCUUCUGCAGCUCAGGCCGUGGUAUUAUAAACUAGGAGAACAUUUUGUGGGUUUGGCCUGGGCCAAAGCAAAACUUGGACCCACCCGUUAAUUGCUAAUUACAAACCCCUACCCAGUGGUGGCUUGACUUUUUGUCAGGGGCUUCUCUCCUCGUUCUCCGUGGAAGGAGCCCUGCAACCCAAGCCGUGCCUGGGCUUUGAGCUGCAGCCUAUAGGUCCCCCGAGGAACGCCAGAGAUCCACGGCCCAUGACUCACAGUGUGGCUAUAUGGCUGCCAUGCACAUUAACUGGACUUAUACAUGGCAACUUGGCUGUUUUCAUAACCCAAUAUAGCUGUGUACUGACUUGUCUCCUUUGCGAAGUUGAAUUUAACAUCUUGAAUGUCAAAGUCGGGCCUUUCAUUUUGUUUCAAUAGCUCUCUCAUGAUCACAAGUUCCUGGUGGCUUCAAAGAAAACUCUUGAUUUAUGAGGUUGUUAAUGCCUUAGAAACAUCUCUCAAAGUCUAAUGCAGCAGGCAGGUAGUGCGAUACUUCAGGUGGCGUUAGCUUUAGGAGCCAGCAGAGGCCCUCCAUUCCCUCCGACCUGUCACUGAUUAGUCUGUGGAAUAAACAAAGCCCUAAAUAAUAGGAUGAGAGCUGCCCCGGGGAGAGGCUGGGGAGUUGUCUAGUCAUGUUGCUCACAAUUUAGGAGUCUUUUAGAACACUCCCUUUCCCCAUAAAUCCUCCUCAAGAGAUUAUCUGAUGUGAAGCCGGGGAUGCUCAGCAAAUCCAAAUAUUUUCCUGAGCAGGUUAUGGAUCAUUCUCUGUGAGUGUAGUAAUUCAUUUCCCACACAGCUUGAAAUAGUGCAUCAGAAAAGCAUCAAUAGCAGCUCUAGUCUCCACAAGCUACAAAGUUUGGCACCGGCAUGAGCUUUGGCCAUUGUUGGUUUAUUAUUCUUCCAAGCCACACAGAAUUUGAUUGUUUUUGAUGUUGACUGCUAUAUCCAGUAUCCCUGCCGUCUUGUUCAGAUAUUGUUUGUGUAGCGGCCAUUGGAGUUGUCCCACUGAGUUCUUGAUUACGCAGUGGGCUGCUCCCAAGGAUACCCUGUUAUUGUGAGCUUUAGAGACCAAAGGCGGUUGACUCUGAAAGUCUUUAUAAAGCGUUUACCUAAAGGUCAGAGGCCAUGUGUGUGUUUCCUUUUUUUUGUGGGUGCAUGUGUU